AUGAUCAUCGGCUUGUGUGCAUCAUUAAUUAGCGGAUCAAAUUUACGAGGAAAUAUUAAAACAAUAACAAAUAAGAUAAAAGCAACUCCUUUAAAGCCUUCCUCUGCAGGCUUUUUAAACAUUUCCUAUUUGAAUCAAAUUAUAAAGAAAAAUAAGGACGAAUUUGCACAAUAUGUAAAGGAUCAUAUUGUCAUUCCACAAAUUAAUGUAACACAACAUGUUUCAGUGAUUGGUGAUGUUCAAGUUGUUGUUAGUGAAACGAAACUUCAACAAAUUGACUUGGGACAAGAUAUUCAAACUUCAUUGGAUCCUACUGGUAAUUAUUUCUAUGUUAAAAUGUCCAAAGCAAGUUUGGUUUUGACUACCAAAUUCCAAUACAAGCAAUUGUCAUUCCCAUAUUUGACUGGAUCUGGUAUUGCUGAUGUUAAUACUGAAAGUGUUUAUGGAGGUUUGAGACUUCAAUUGUCAAUUACUCCUGACGAAAAACCACAAUUUAUGUCACAAGUUGGAUUGGAAUUGUAUGACAUGAAGAUUCAUAUUAGUGAAGGUGGUAUUCAAGGAUGGAUUAUUAAUUUGCUCGAUUCUCUCUUUACAUCAACUAUUAACAAACUUAUUGCUAAUGCUGUUUCUGAUACUAUUCAUUUGAAGAUCCAAGAAGUCAAUGAUUACAUUGCUCAACAACCAUUCAUCAUGCCAAUCAACUUGUCAUCAACUAUGAGUUUAAUGAUCGACUUUGGAUUUGAUAUCUUUAAGGUUGUUGAUUAUUUGACUGUUGGUGCCUUCUCUCAAGUUAGAUUCUUCGACAAGUCUCUCGGUGAAAAAUUACCAUUUGAACCAGUUGAUUUGCCAACCAGCCCAACUAGUAAUGAUUUAUUGCAAAUUUACGUUACUGACUUUGUUGUAAAGAGUUUAUUAUUCAGUCUCCACCAAUCUAACCAAAUUUCAUUUGUCGUUACUCCUGAAAUGGUCCCUCCAACUGAAAUGAUCCAACUCAAUACUACAAGUUUGAAGAUUUACCUCCCAGAACUUUACAACAAGUAUCCAAAUCAACUUGUCCAAUUGGUCUUGUCAAGCAACCCAAGUAAUGCACCAGUUCCAGACUUUAACAUUACAACUGUUGGAAUGAAUGCCAAUUUCAAUGGUGAAUUGUUGUUCCAAGUUUUAAAUGGUUCUUCAACUGUGAAUGCCUUCUCUGUCUCAGUUGCUGCUCAAUUCUCUUUGGAUAAGAUUUCCCUUAAGAAUAAUGCCACUACCAUCAACAUGACUGCCGAAAUUGAUAAUCCAUCAGUUCUUCUCACCUUGAAACAAUCAUGGAUUGGACCAAUAGAUAUUAAGAAUUUUGCAUUCAUUGUCAAUGUUGUUGUAGCAAGAGGAGUUGUUCGUCAACUUAACAUUCAACUUGCUGAUGGUAUUCCACUCUUCAAUUUGGCCAACUAUCUUCCUGGAUUAAUCAUCGACAAUACCAAUCUCAGUGUACAAAAUGGAUAUGUUGGAAUUGGUAUCUCGGGAGAAUACAGACCAAGUGCCAUUCAAGAUGCCAAACCUUCAAAGAAAUUCAAACUCAACAAGUAA